UGAAUUUUGUUUAUUAUGAACACGAGUGUGUGUUUAUCUAUCAUGGCUCUAAUAGUAUACUCAUAGCGAUUUUAAUUUUCGGUCUUCCCCUGUAGGCUGUGUUAUUGUGAUUUAGAAUUAGCAUUACUUAGUUAUUGGUAACAAUAAUAAGAUAUUAUUUUCAUUGCUUUUUAAUGUGGAAUCUCUUCUGCAAAUAAUCGUGUUGUAUACUACUUUAUAGGUUAUAAUUAUUCAUUCUACGUUUUCUUUGACAAGCUGAUAUUCGGUAACAAAAUGGCAAAAUCUGAAACUAUUUCAUUCAAAACUCUUUCAUCAGAUCAAGGCGCUAAAAGAGAUUAUACAAGAAAUAAAUCUGAGAAUUUAAUUAUUGCAUAUGUAAACGACCAUUAUUUAUUAGAAGAGACAGAAAAAAUUCCUAACAUUGGUAAAAGAAACAAAAUGGUGGCUUCAUUGAUUCAAGCGUACAAUCUUCUUCCCCACAUGAAAUGUGUUGAAUCAGUUCCGGCAUUAGAAGAUGAACUCACAAGUUUUCAUUCAUUAAGUUAUAUUGAAUACUUGAAGACACUUGAUAGUGUCUGUGAUUCAGAGUCAGACUUGGAAUUUGGAUUAGGUUAUGAUUGCCCUCCAUUAGAUGGCCUGUACAAUAUGGUCAGUCGACUUGCAGGAGGAACACUGACAGCUGUGAGACAACUGACCAGCAAGAGAGCACAAGUAGCUAUCAACUGGUGUGGAGGCUGGCACCAUGCCCAGAGAGAUGAAGCUGAAGGAUUCUGCUACGUGAAUGAUAUUGUUGUGGGAAUUGAAGAACUUCGGAAGGUAUUCCCUUAUGUGCUUUACAUUGAUUUUGAUAUUCAUCAUGGCAAUGGUGUCCAGAAUGCGUAUGAAUACACCAAACGAGUGUUGACCCUGUCACUACACAAGUAUGAACCCGGCUUUUACCCCACAACUGGUUCUCUGACUGAGCGGGGAGAGGGACCUGGCAGAUACCACAGUGUCAAUGUUCCUCUCUCUGAGGGCCUCACUGAUGCCAACCUGUGUCAGUUGUUUGACACGGUUGUGACAGAAGUGAAGGCCAGUUUCAAGCCUGACGCAGUGGUGUUGCAGUGUGGAGCUGACUGCCUGGUGGGUGACCCAGUGGGGAACUUCAACCUCACUCCUUCCUCCCUGGGUUACUGUGUCCGCAACGUAUUGUCCUGGAAACUACCCACUCUGGUAUUAGGAGGAGGGGGCUAUAAUAAGGCCAACACCGCACGUUGCUGGACAUACCUGACAGCACUCAUUUGUAAUGUGAAACUGCCAGAUGAAAUACCUGAGAACCCUUACUUUUCAGAAUAUGGCCCUGGCUUUGACUUAGAAAUCACUCCUGGAGCUCAGCCAAAUUUAAACCACAACAUCAAUGAAACCAUUGCAUCAGUACUAAAAGAUGUACAAAACAUUCAGGAUCGCUCUUGAUGAAGAACAAUGAUAAAGUUCCUACAAGUUGUGGAAUGUCUAGUCAAUUUUAAUGUAUACUAGCAAUAAUUUUACAUUAACUUUAUUAGAAUUUAUCACACCGGAAUAUCAUUAUUAUAAUCAUAUUAUAUAAUAUUAGCAAUCCGAGUAGAAACAGAACAUUUUCAAGUAAUAUGUAUUGAUGGUUGUAAUAGAAAUAUUAUACACUUUUUUACUUUUGUAA